AACCACAAAUGUGGAGAAAAACUAACUACAGCUUGGAUAGUGAUCUUUUAUUUCAGUGAAGUGGAGUCCAACGUUCCUUGGUCUGCUCCAGGAUUGUCCUUGAAGGCCUUACAUCUCUACUCGUGUCAAAGGGUAACCAGACUGGUCUACAGUGAGCAAACACUAGACUCCUUUGCAACUGAACAGCAGUCCAUAUAUUCUGGGAACUUCGAAGAAGCUGAGCAAAGGAGGAGGGUGGUGCUUCCCAGAAAAGAGGGCGAAAGGAAGCUACGGGCAUCAUGGCUCAUGAAGGUGUGGCCGAGCUUCGUGACUUGCUCUUCCUUCUUCUACUGUGUCUCACACUAUUGGUUGAGGUGCUGGAAUGUGCUGCAGCUGCCUCGCAAGGAUUGGAUGGCGAGGGAGAUGUUGUGUGCCCCUCUGUGUGUCGCUGUGAUGAGGACUUCAUCUAUUGUAAUGACCGUGGGCUCAGUGCCAUCCCGCCACUGCCCCCAUCCGCCACUGUUCUUUAUCUUCAAAAUAAUCACAUAGAUAAUGCAGGACUGCCCACUUCCUUGGAGCACCUCACCACAGUGCGGGUUAUAUAUCUCUAUGAUAAUGAGCUGGAUGACUUUCCCAUGCACCUACCACCAUCGUUACGGGAGCUACAUCUCCAGGACAACAACAUCCGGGUGUUGCCCCGGGCUGCAUUAGCUAGGCUGCCUCAACUUGAGAAGUUGCACUUGGAUGACAAUUCAGUGUCCACAGUUAGUAUAGAAGACCAGGCCUUUGCCGACAACCCGCGCCUUCGUCUGCUCUUCCUCUCCCGAAACCACCUCUCCAGCAUACCGUCUGGACUUCCAGCCUCGCUGGAGGAGCUCCGCUUAGAUGACAACCGGAUCUCGACGAUUCCCACGCACGCCUUCCGUGGCUUGUCUUCUCUUCGCCGCCUUGUCUUAGAUGGUAACCUUCUAGCCAAUCAGCGCAUUGCUGAUGACACCUUCUCACGCCUCUCCAACCUGACAGAGCUCUCACUGGUGCGGAACUCCCUUCAGACUCCGCCUCUCAAUUUACCUAGUGCACACCUGCAAAGACUCUCUCUUCAGGACAAUGCCUUGAUCCACAUGCCUCGGGGCUCCCUAGACGGGAUGCGUAGACUUCAAAGGCUGGAUCUUUCUGGGAACAACUUGACUACACUUCCUAGAGGUUUGUUUCGAGACUUGGAGAGUCUGGGGCAGCUGCUUGUGCGUGGUAACCCUUGGCACUGUGGAUGCAAUCUACGCUGGUUGUAUGACUGGCUGGAAGCCAAAGGGAACACCAUCACAGUCCGAGGACUCACUUGCCAGUCACCAGAGCGUGUGCGUGACAUGGCAUUAAGGGACCUUACCAGCCAGAUGGACGACUGUGAAUUAGCAGCUGCGGGAGGUGGAGGAGUAGCUGGUGUGGGCUCAGCAGGUGCAGGAAGUGCUGGUAGCAACAGGAUGGGAGGAACAGGUGUAGCAGCCAGCUCCACCACUCUUUCCCCCCCACAAGGCUCCUUGUUCACCCUGCGGUCCAAGCGACCAGGUUUGGGGCUUCCAGAUACAGGAAUGGACUACACACUUGGCAGCAGUGGUGUAGGAAAGAACUUGGCCCUGAAUGUGAAACCACUGUCCCAUGACAGCAUCAGGGUUACGUGGAGUGUGGCACAACCAUCUUCUUCCUUCAGGCUCAGCUGGCUCCGUUUAGGGACUAGUGCUGCCAUGGGCUCCAUCACAGAGACACUGGUGAGGGGCGACCGCAGAGAGUAUCUUCUUACUGCCCUCCAGCCAGCGUCUAGCUACAUCAUCUGCAUGGUGCCGCUAGUCUCUGGCAGCGGGAGCAAAGGCAGCAUGUCCAGCGGGGACACAGAUUCAGAUGAGGCUCCAGUGUGUGCCAAGGCUGAGACAUCCGAUCCCAGCCUGUCUGAAGUGGACCAGGGAGAGGAUAAAGGCUCAGAGCAGAUCGCUUCGCUCCCACUUGCUGGGAUAAUUGGUGGAGCCACCGCCAUAGUCUCCCUCGCAUUUAUCUUUGGCAUAUUUUGUUGGUAUGGGCAUCGUGCAGGACGUCUGUCCUCUAGGGACCACUACAGCCGCAGUAGCUCACGCAAGAGCAAGCAUUAUGAUGACUACAUUGAAUCAGGCACUAAGAAGGACACUACUAUCCUGGAGAUCCGUGGACCUGGGUUCCAGAUGACACCGAUGGCGGCCAGAGAGCCCCUACAGCCCAAGCCAAUCCGAGAAGAUUAUAUCAUACAUACAAUUUUCCCCUCUAAUGGCACAGGUCUGUACAAACCACCCAAUCACAUGACCAACUCGGGCUAUGGUACAAACCGCGGCUACAGAGAAGGAGGUAUCCCAGAUAUAGACUACUCCUACACGUGAUAGGCCUAAAUUAGCAAACACUGUUAGGAAUCAUGUACUGGAUAGAUGCACAGUUUUUUAAUCAGUGUGGGGUCCACAGCACCCCUUUGUGCCUUCUGGUCUCCAUUCCAACCUAGCCUGCUGUUCAUGGCACCGAGGAAGCUCUUAAUUGGCCCAGAUGCCUGCUAGGAAACAGCUUUCUGUGCCUGGUGCCAAGAGGCGGCCACACCAUUUCAGGUGGUUAUACCAACUGCUAUUUUCACUCCCCCCCAGUGUAACCUGGUGUGUCCUCGGCAUCACUGCUUUAUCCCUGGCUUCCUCAGCGAGGCAGAUUCAAGGGCAGCACACAAUGUAUUUAACACACAGAGUUUCCUUUUAUUUUGAGCUCAGAUCAUAUAAAAUCUUGUGGCACUUCUUGGAAAAAAAAUAACUAAAACAAAUCAGACCUGGAUGUAAACCUUCAACUACAACUACAACCUUCAACUACAACUUGUGGCUCUGAUUAUUAGCUGCCUAACAGCUGCACACCUGACUCGAAUUUGUGGAUGCCUAGUUUGGGAAAUCCAUUUUUGGCCAGGGUGUCUGAAAAGAGAACAGAGCAACAUUGUGGAUAAGGAUUACCUGGAGACUUACUGUUGCAGAGGGAAUCUGAGGUUAUCUUGGCAGUGCUAUUGUUCUGGGAAGGGUCAGGGAAGAAGACUUGGGGUGACAUUUUGGAUCCAAUUUUUACAAGAGACCAAUGACCUUGGACUUUGGAGAUCUGGUGUUCCCUUUAUUAUGGGAUUAGGAAUAUUUGGAGUUACAAACAUUGGUCAUGAAUGGUGAUGCGUCACUAGUUUUAAACGCCUCAAAAAUGAUCUUGAAAUGCCAGCAAGUUGCCUGACUAAAAAAAUGUAGCAUAGUGCAGAAAGCAUUAUGCUGUCUGGAUCUUUUUAAUAUGGACCUAAUGAGGGAGUGUGGUCACUGGACAUGAUUCAAGUAGACUGACUGUCUCUUUCACACUGAAAAUUGCCACACUGCGCUAUUAUAUAUAUUGAAUACAGGCAAGAUGUGUAGAUACUUGGAUACAAAACACAUCAGACUUUUUGGACUUGUGAAAGUAAAAAUAACAUAUUCUGUGUUUCAAACUUAUGUUUUCUUUUCUUGUUUGUUAGUUUAUUUAUCCCAUGUUGCUGUCUUUUUAUUGGUUUACAUUUGUUCUAUGUUUGAAAUGAAUUUGUUUAGGUACAACUGAGUCAGUCCUGCUGCUGGUGACAUUAAAACACUGUGGUUUUGCCUAGUCCCGUAACUUAUGUAACGAUGUAAAGGAUUAUUUUGCGUCAAAUGGGUUGUCAUUAUUUCAGUAUGAACCCUCCCCCUGAGCAGUCAGAGCCCAUAUUGCACUAACCAGACCUUCCUACCAUCCCACC